AUGCACAUCCAGGAGGGGAAUCUUGAAAUUACACCAGGAAGUAUUACCAGAGCAUUUAAGCCGUCUUCACAGGAGGGCAACCAAAAUGAUUUAGUAGUAAAAAUAGUCAGUAUAAGUGCACCGGACCAUUCAGUGAUUCAGAGCAAGAUACGAUUGGUGGUAACCGACAACAACACCCUACAAGAGUGUUUACUUAGCUCUAAAUAUGCUGAUGCACUAGCAAAUAAUCAACUCUCAUCUGGUGACAUAAUCAAAAUAGGGAACAUGGCGUCUGGAACGUAUUCAUCUAAGCCAAUUAUAUACAUAAAGGAGAUUUUAGAAGUACAAAGAAAAAGAAAAACAGAUGACUCAUGGGGAAGUAUUGGUGCAAGUCCGUGCAAAAGAAAAAUGGAUGUUAUUUCAGGGGAGAGAGGCACUCCUAAAAAAGAAGCAAAAAGGCUUGUAACAACAAUUAUAGGGUUAAAUCCAUUCCAGCCAAUUACUUGGUGCAUAAAAGCAAAAGUAGUGAGUAAAACAUCUGUGCGGGAGUAUACUAAAGAUGGAAGGGCAGGAAAAGUGUUCAGUAUAAUUGUUACAGAUGGGGAUAGUAAGUGUAAUAUAAUAUUCUUUACAGAAUUUGUAGAUGCAUUCUAUGAUAAGAUACAGUUAUACAAGACCUAUGAGAUAACAGGAGGAACACUGAAGCUAGCCAAUAAGACGUACAAUGAGGACAUUCACGAGUAUGAAAUAUUUGUGGACAGGUCAUUUACAAUAACACAAACAGCAGAUGCAGUUAAGGUGGUUAAAAUGCCUAAAGCAAUUGUAAAAGUAUCACAGCUUGUGAAUAAAAUUAAUGAAGUAGUUUCUAUGCUGGUAGUGAUAACUUCGGUCGGGGAGAUUGAGACAGUUCUGCGAAAAAAGGACCAGUACGCAAUGAAAAAAAGAACACUGCGCGUUGGAGAUGAUUCUGGAGAAACUGCACCAUUUAUUGUGUGGGAGGACACAGCAGCAAUGGAAUUUUCAAUGGGUGAUAUUUUAUUAUUGGAAGGUGCAAGAAUUACUGAAUAUCAGAAUACUCCACAGAUUGGUUUGUCACGGGAUGGGAUUAUAUCGUUUAAUCCAGAACUACCAGAAGUAUUUAAGCUGAAAGGGUGGUACAACAAGAACGAAAAUAUACUCCAGACGUCGUCUUCUGUUGGCACAAGAAAGUCUGUUGGUGGAGCAAACAGGCAGGUGAAAAUUGCUGAUGUAAAAACAGACUGCAUGGAAUACGCAACCAUCAAGUGCACUGUGCUGUUUAUAUCAGAAAAGACUUUAAUGUACACCUCUUGUAUAGCAGAUAACUGCAAUAAAAAGGUUGAGCAUAAAAUAGACUCUCCAGAGGAUUACUACUGCAACAAGUGUGAUGCAACAUAUGCAAGGUGCAGUUAUAGCUAUGGACCAAGUUUGUCAAUAUCAGACAAUUCUUCAUCCAUAUGGGUUUCUGCAUUUGGCGACACUGCAUCUGUCUUGUUUAAUAAUCUAUCCGCAGUAGACCUAAAUAACCUAUCCGUAAAUGACAAUGAUAAGUAUAAGGAAAUAACACAGCAGUCAAUAGGAGCAGAGAUGAUCAUAAGCAUAAGAGGAAGAGAGUCCACAUACAAUGGCGAGCCACAGAUGCGGUACACUGCCACCGCAAUAAAACCAGUGGACUACCUUGAAGAGUGCACAAAUCUUCUAGCACAGAUUAAGGCCAUGCAUUAAUAACUGAACUGAGCA